AUGUCAGCACCCUCCACCGAAUCCAUUCAAACAUCAUCAUCAUCAAUGAAUAACAACAAUACCUCGUCAUCCUCUGUGAUUGCUGUUCGAAAGAUAGCUUGCGUGGGUGCUGGUUAUGUGGGUGGACCAACCAUGGCCGUUAUUGCCAACAAAUGCCAUCAUAUUCAAGUGGUUAUCUUUGAUGUAAACAAGAAGAGAAUUGAACAAUGGAAUAGCGAUAAAUUACCAAUCUAUGAACCAGGCUUGGAUGAGCUUGUUUUCAACAGAAGAGGAAAGAAUUUACAUUUCACCACCGAUUAUGACUCCGUUCUUGAUGCCGAUAUCAUCUUCUUCUCUGUUAAUACUCCAACAAAACAUUACGGUGUCGGAAAGGGUAGAGCAGCUGAUUUGAAAUAUAUUGAAUUAUGUGCUCGACAACUGAGAAGCUCCAUUCAACACGGACGAAAAAUCAUUGUUGAGAAGAGUACUGUACCCAUCAGAACUUCAAUGGCAUUGAAGAAAAUUCUCACUUCCGUAGAGAGUCAGGCUCACUUUGAUAUCUUGUCUAAUCCAGAGUUUUUGGCUGAAGGAACAGCGAUUAACGAUUUGAAUAAUCCUGAUCGAGUACUUAUCGGAGGUGAAAGUGAGGAAGCCAUUGCAACUCUUUCAUCGGUCUAUGAGCACUGGGUUCCAAAGGAAAGAAUUAUUACUACCAACUUGUGGUCGAGUGAGUUGAGCAAAUUAGUUGCUAAUUGCAUGUUGGCACAGAGAAUUUCAUCUAUUAAUGCCAUCUCUGCUCUCUGUGAAAAAACAGGAGCUGAUGUUACUCAAGUAGCUCAUGCUGUUGGCAAGGAUUCUAGAAUUGGACCAAAGUUUUUACAAGCAAGUGUUGGUUUUGGUGGUAGUUGCUUCCAGAAAGAUAUUUUGAAUUUGGUUUAUCUUGCUGAACAUUACAAUCUCCCAGAAGUAGCAGACUAUUUCUAUGGAAUUGUAAGAAUUAAUGAUUAUCAAAGAGAAAGAUUUGCCAAAAAGGUCAUUCACAAAUUAUUCAACACUGUAUCUAACAAAAAAAUCACCGUACUAGGUUUUGCAUUUAAGAAAGACACUGCAGAUACUCGCGAAUCAAGCAGCAUUUAUAUUUGUAAGGCAUUAUUGGAAGAACAUGCCAAUAUUCACAUUUACGAUCCAAAAGUUCCUGAAGAGCAGAUUCACUAUGACAUGAAGAGUAUUAUGAACGGAUGUUACGAAGGUGACUUUAGUGCAAGAUUUGAGGAAUCACCAGAGAGUGAGCUUGUGAAAACUCACAUUCAUUGUGCCAAAGAUCCAUAUGAAGCUGUUAAAGACUCUCAUGCUGUCCUUGUCAUGACUGAAUGGGAUGAAUUUAAGACCUACGAUUACAAGAAAAUCUUUGAAUUGAUGAAAAAGCCAGCUUACAUAUUUGAUGGAAGAAACAUUCUGAAUGGUAAACAAUUAGAAAGUAUUGGAUUUGAUGUGUAUCAAAUCGGAAAACAAGAAUCAAACCCAGCAGAUUGGUAG